CUUUGAAUUCAACUGCCCAAACCAUUAACCAUCAAACACGACUGAAAAUAGCACCCAACUCCACCUCCCAAACCAAAUUAGAAUCCCAAACUUUAGUGCUUCAUAAAAUUUUCUUCUAUAUUAUCCCUUCUAAACUUGAUAAAAAAAACUCAUCCUUCCCCCUUUUCUCUCUCAAAUCUCAAUUUUCCACACCUAAAGUAAUUAAUAUGGCUUUCGUUCUAGUAGCAGGAAAAUCCACAAAAUCACAAAUAGUAGCCAUAGCAGAUGCAGCUUCGUUGUACUGUGCUAUGGUUAUAUUAGGUCUGCUUUUAAUUAGCUCAGUGAAAGAUAAUUAUUCAACAGAUGAAGCUGUGAUUAGAGGGAACCACUUCUUUAACCGGCCAUGUGAUGAAAUUUAUGUUGUUGGAGAAGGUGAAACGUUACAUACAAUAAGUGACAAGUGUGGUGAUCCUUAUAUUGUUGAGAGGAAUCCACAUAUUCAUGAUCCUGAUGAUGUUUUUCCUGGUCUUGUCAUCAAGAUCACUCCUAGGAACAGAUCAUAGUUAUCCUGUCCUGUAAUUUAUUCAGAGUUCAGAGUUCAAGGUUUAACGAGGUUUUUGUUUUCCCUAAUCCUGCAGCAGAGUACUCUGCUUGCGGAGAUUUCUCUCUUGGGAAUUAAAGUGUUUUUAUUUUUUGCCUUUUUU